CAUAUUGAACGCAACGCAUCCUCCUCUAAGCUAGUGGGCUUUAAAAAAAAAAGAAAAAUAAGCAGUGAUCCCAGAGAAAAGACAGUGUUCUCGCUGAACUCCACAACCAGGGAUUUUGUCUCUUGGCCGCAGAAAAAUGCUGCAUCCGCAGAGGUCCCUGUCCGAGCUGCCGAAGAUGUCCGCGGCCAGUCAGGUGGAAAGAGCCGUGCUGGAGGAGGAGUUUAACUGGCUGCUGAAAGAAGAAGUACAUGCUGUCCUGAAGCAGCUUCAGGAGAUCCUCAAGGAGGCGUCCAGACGAUUCUCCAUGCCCACUCCGGGCCUGGAGAGUCAGCUCAAGCAGGAGAACUUCAUCCUGGGCAGCUCAACCAUGGAUCAGGUGAAGGGGGUGCUGACUCUGCAGGGAGAGGCUCUGACUCAGGCGGACAUAAACCUGAAGGUUGCCAAGAGCAGCCAAGUCCUGCACUUCCAGUUCAGAGAGGACAAACAGUGGAAGCUGCAGCAGAUCCAGGACGCCAGGAACCACGUGAACCAGGCUCUGCUGCUGCUGAGCAGCCGCGACGACACCUACCAGUUCAAGACGGGCGCCGAGGUCAACAAGCUCAUGGACGCCGUGAUGCUGCAGCUGACGCGAGCACGAAACCGCCUCACCACCCCGGCAUCGUUGACCCUUCCAGAACUCGCCACCAGCGGUCUGAUGAAAAUGUUCACUCCCCCUAUGCCUGGCGACGUGAUGGUGAACUUUUACAUCAAUUUAAGCAAGCUGUGUCUGACCGUCUACCAGCUACACGUGCUGCCUCCCAACACCACCAAGAACUUCAAGCCAACAGGAAGCUCUGUGUUGCACAAUCCAGGAGCGAUGUUUGAGCUCAACAGCAACCGCUUCGAGGUGAGCCACGUUCACAAGGUGGAGUGUGUGGUGCCGUGGCUCAGCGACACGCUGGUGUUCUUCACCAUCUCCCUGCAGCUCUGUCAGCAACUCAAGGACAAGAUCUCCGUCUUUUCCAGCUUCUGGAACUACAGGCCGUUCUGAUCCAGCCCGUCCUCCACAAACCAAACUAACCAAUCAAGUGUAAGGGAAGCACUGGAAAGCUUUUAUUUUUCUAUGUAUUCAUCAUGCAGUCUGUCAAAGUGUUGCACCAUGAGCUGAAAGUAGCCACACACCACCAGAUAUCAAUAGUACAGAUAAUAACUGAGUUAGGUCAGCUGACCUUUGUUUCUCUCAGAUGGGUGUAUGGCAACUCAUGACACAGGCUUGAACAUCUCAGUGAAUGAAUGAACAAUUAUUUAAAUUCUCUAAUGUUUGCACUCAGGAUGGAAGGACUGAGCAUCAAAGUGUUUUCAGGUUUGUCCUGAAAACCGCAAAUUUCCUCUGAUCUCUGGGCAUUUUGCUAGUUUCUGUUUUCCUCCCUCCAGCAUCUCAGUCGUUCUCUGAGAUUUACUCUCAACGGGCCAGACUCCUUCUAACGUCUACAAGUUACAGAAACGCUGAAAUCUGGUGACCCAUGGCCUGUCAUCAUUAUUAUUAUUAUUAUUAUUAGCUUGCUGAUAACAAUGACUAACCAGUUGAACACGGCACCUUUAAAGGGAUGGAUAAUAUUUUUUUUGUGUCAGUCAUACCAGCGUUGUUGGAGUAACGGUGUCCAAACUUUAUGGAGAAAAAAAAACACUAAAAUCAAGCUAAUGAAGUUUUCUGAUUUUAUUAUGUAUUUAUUUUGAUAGGGAAGAGAUGUUAUUCAUUGUAGAUCCAAAACUUGAAAGGGAGUUUUCAUGUUUGCCGUGUUAAAAGAAAAAGCAUUCAGUGUUUAAAUUUGUUCAAGCUCAAUCGAACAGAUUUAUUGUCUAGAUCUGACUCCCUGUCUCUAAAAACACUGGCGAUAUGCGACCAAGAUUAAUAAAGUAGAUUAAAAAAAAAAACUAAGUCAGCCUUUCAGUGAUAGCCUCUGGGGAUAUGUGGUUCUUCUGAAUAAAAAAAAACAAAAAAACAGGAAGAAUCCUGGAGUGUCACCUUGGGGCCGAUGGGGCCGGGGGAAGAGGAGCACAUUUCUGACAAAAAAUUCAAAGAUUUUUACAUUAAUCUCCAAACUUUUCUAGAAAAUUUGAAAAAUAGAAAAUAUUCAAACUCAGAAAUUUUAGACUUCUUGAAACUUUACUUGGUUUUCUAGUAAGUUUCUGAGAUUUUUGUAGAUUUUUCUAUUUUUUGCCAUAAAUCUACUACUCAUUUUUUUUGUCUAAAUAUGUGGGCCCCUAAACGCCGUCAUAGAAUUCUGGCUUUAUCCAGAAUUAUUAUUCCGGCUGCCCUCACAGAGAAUGUAGAGGACUAUUUCUUUGCACCAUGAUGUUUGCAUUGCACUAAACCAAUGACAUCAGAUCUGCUCCCAAAACUAAUAACAAACGAUUAAUAGCAGGAAGAGCUGUUCAUCCUGCUAUGGAUCUGGAGAUGCUGGCUAAAAUAUCAGCAGGUCUGAAUUUUAAAAUGGGAAUCGACCAAUAAUCUCUGAUUGGUGCAUCUCUAUUUCAAGACUCUUUGAUGCUUUAAAAGUCGUUUUUUUUAUUUUUAUUUUUUUCAUAUUUUGGUGCUCUAUUACAUCAGAUGUAAGCUACAAAGAUUGUCCCAAAGGAAUCCAGCUGGUACUCUGGUCCAUGCUGAAAUCAUUCAUGUCCACUAAUCUGCUCUUCUUCAGGUUAUUAAGUUUCUAACUCCACAGCUGACCAGACAGCAUCAGGAGGAAAACAGUUUAUCUUCCAGCUUUGCACACAUUCCCUGGAUUUAACCCGGCUCUAAGCUAUUUGUGUCGUUUGAUUCUGUCCUCUCGGCUCUGUGUUUGUAUUUAUUAUGUUUCUCAUGUGCUUAAUCUGUGGAACAUUAAUCUAAUCAUGAACAAAUGAUUUCGUCACUCUUAAGUGUUAACCUGUCUUAAGACGCUGCCUGUAAAAUGAACUGUGGAAAAGAUUCCUCUGUGCAAUAAAACUCUAAAAGAA